GAUGACAAGAAGAAGAAACUGGACGAGGGCAACCAGUUGCCGCCACCGCCACGCCCACCCUCGCGAUCACAUGCCAAGCCCACGGCCAAGGAGGAGUUCGAUCGCGGAGUGGAAGUGGAGAAGUUCUAUCACCAGAUCAACGGCGACAUCUUCGAGAUCACACGCCGGGUGAGAGCUCGCGAUGAGGAGACCAUGGAACAGAAGUGCAUCAGGCGCAAGGGAUCGGUGAGGCUGGCCGAGCCCAUGGGUCAUGCCCACGUGCGGAUCGAGCAGAGACCUCAGUUGCCACCGAGACGGCAGAAAAGUGCCGAGGAAGUGGCCACCAUGCCAAAGAGUGCUCUGCGCCAGCCGCCCGAGCAGCUGGAGUGGUUCGAUCGUCGUGCGCAGCAGCGCCACUCCGCCCGAUCCGCCGAAGGUGGCCAGGUGCGGGAGGAGACCAUGGAGUGGCUCAAGCUUCAAAAAACUGCCAGUCCCAUUCAGCCAGUGCGCACCUCGUCGGGUCCCAGUGAGAUCACAGUGCUGAAGGACGAACUGCCCGACUGGCUGCUGGAUCAUCUGCCGCGCAAGAAGGAACGGGAACGAGAUCGACUGCCUUCGGAUGCGGACAAGGCUGUGGGCUCUGCCUAUGCAAAGGCCCUGGCCGAUCUUCUCAAGAAACCGCUGUCCCGACAAAGUUCCGGACCCUGUGAGUUCUCGCUGCUGAAGACCGACAUUGUGGAGUGGCUCACCAAGAUGCAGGGCAGCAGUGGAACGGAAAGGGGCAAGUCCCGUCGGUCGCAUCAUCGCCGCAAUGGCAGUGGUGGCGAUGCCCAGCCCCGAUCCAAUUCCCAGGAAGAUGCCCAAGAUCAGUCGAAGACCAGCCAUCGGAAGAGACACUCCCUGGGGCACAGUGGUGCCGUCAGCGAAGAGGAACAGCAACAGCUCACUGCCGAUUGGAUAGCCUAUCCUCUCCACAAGCUGCAAUCCCUUGGAAAGCAACCUCCGCCAGCUCAACCGCCGGAGCGCAUGAGCAUUCCCAGUGGCUAUGCAGUGCCGAGUGCCCUGUCCCACACUCCCCUAUGCCAGCGGAGGGAGGAGCGUUCCCGGGAGCGAAGACUGCGUCACUCGGCCAGCGAAGUGGUGGCGAGUGGUGGGGCAGGAGUGGCAUCCACAUCAAACACCGCCCAUCUGGAACGGCUGUAUGCCAAGCCGCACAAGGAACGCUAUCAGUAUGUGCCGAAAACCAAAGAGUCAAGUGGUAGAAAGGAGCGUUCCCGUCGCCAUCAGACCCAACGGUCCGCCACGGUCUCCGACAUGUCCGCCCAGCGUUCCGGUGGCCACAAGCGCAAGUCCUCGAGUGCGGAGCGGGCUCCUCGUUCACCAUCCCCGGGACCAUGUACGGAUCCCGAUUGUCCACUACUCCCCAUCUGUACGGAUCCACACUGCCGGUACCAGGAGUGCCAGGCGAGGCAGUGCAUCACGUCGUCGGUGAGCUCGGUGAAUCUGGCCAGGCAUCAGCAACUGGCGCAGGUGCAACUGCAUGCGGUGCCGGCUCAUCUGGUUGGAGCCAUGGGCUCCGAUGUGCCAACGACACCAUCCACAACGGCCACGCCUCCGCCGCCAACAGGAGGUGGAACUAUGGGCGUGGGAGCUACCGGAGCAGGAGGAGCAGGAACGACGAGCGAACGCCGCCUGGUCAUCUGCCACGACUGCAGAUCCUGUGCCCCACUACUCAGCUGCCGGAAUCGCAAAUGCCUCAACGCCGCCAAGUGCAACUCACUGCCUCGCUGUGCCGCCGACUUCAAUCGCCUGCGCACCCAGCUGGCCCAGCCGCCCACCACAUUGGAUGACAUUGAGCCGGCGCCACUGGACGACCUGGAGAUGCAGCCACUGCCCUCGCCACCGCAUCCGCAUCCGCACCAUCACUAUCGCAGCAAUUCCCAGCCAAACACCCUGCAAAGGGGAGACUCCGCCAGUUCCGCAGGAAUGGGUGUGGGAGUCGGAGGAGCCGGACACGUUGGAUUAGGAGGACCGGGAUCGGGACUCGCUUGGCUGGAGCCCACAACCACGCUAGUGCAACCACUGCCCGCCUAUGUGCAUCACUCGAAUGGCAAGCUGAUGAAGUCCGCCUCGGCUGCAUCGCUCAAUUCGCGAAGACGGCGCCACAAAACCGUGCACUUCGGCGAGAAUCUUCUGCGGGAGGUGUGCCAGAACAGGAAGCUCAUCAAGACGGAGGCGCAAGUGCCCUCCGGUUCGGCGCCCAUGAAGGCCAACAUCCAGAUGCUGUACAACUUCGUCGAGGGUGUGCUGAGCGCCUGGGUGGACGACGAUGAGGAUCAGGUGCGCUCCGGCGCGGAAUCGGAGCCAGAGCACGGUGUGGUGCCCAUGCAACCGAUCCACAGAUGCAACCGCCUGCGUUACCAGUGCAUCCGGCGCGUUGUCGAGGAGGCAGCCGACCUCCAGGGCACCCUGAAACUGGGCAACUCCCGCUAUCGCCAUCGCCACUGGCGCAGCACCGCCAAGCAGUGCAACGAAAUGUUCCUUCGCAAGAUUUCGGACGAUGAUCGAAUGAGCCUAACUACCGCCGUUUCGGAUGAAGAUGAUGGGGAAAGUGUCAUGGCGUCACCAUAUAAAGCAAAGGCAACUGGCACCGCUGCAUCCUCCUUCAAUUGCACGGGAGCUGUUCGCAAAGCCGGCUUCCUAUCGGUAAAGAAAUGGUUACUACGCAAGAAGCACCAGAUCGAGCUGGCAAGAAAGCGGGGCUGGAAGGGCUACUGGGUGUGCCUGAAGGGCACCACGCUGCUCUUCUAUCCGUGCGAUUCCCGGGAGGGCCGGAGUGUGGAGGCGGCGCCCAAGCACUUGAUUAUCGUGGAUGGUGCAAUUAUGCAACCGAUACCAGAGCAUCCCAAGCGCGACUACAUCUUCUGUCUGAGCACGGCAUUCGGCGAUGCCUAUCUCUUCCAGGCGCCCUGUCAGGUUGAGCUGGAGAACUGGGUGAACAGCAUACACAGCGCCUGUGCCGCCGCCUUUGCCAGGCAUCGCGGAAAAACUGGAACACUACACCUGCUCCAGGAGGAGAUCUUCCGGCUGGAGAAGGCCAUUGAGUCGGAUCACAAGCUGAAGCACAUGGCCGAACUGCAGCAAUCAGUUGUCACCGAUCAGGAGACGCGUCAUCAGAUCCAGACGCAGAUACUGCAGUGGGAGGAGAAUCUGGAGCGGCUCCACUGCGAGCAGUUCCGGCUGCGCUGCUACAUGGCCUCGCUGCAAAGUGGCGAGCUGCCCAAUCCGAAGUCGCUGCUGACUCACGUGUCGCGGCCCACGAAGAACACGCUGAACAAGCUGGGCGUAUUCACGGUCUCCUCCUUCCACGCCUUCAUCUGCGCCCGCUCCCCCUCGCUGCUCAACAACCUGCUCGCCGGACGCGGUGCCACCAAGCGGCGACCGCCGAUGCUGUCGCGGUCCAACAGCGGCUCCAGCCGUCGCUCCAUGCAGAUGAAUUCACGUGACGAACCGGAAAAAACUUUCAAAGUUGCAAUGCCCGACAAUGCUUACUCGACAGUUUAUCUACGUGAUGCCAUGUCUGUGGAGGAAUUCCUCGCCAGCGCCUGCGCCCGUCGCAACCUCAAUCCCAUGGAGCACUUUGUGCGCGUCAAGAAGCGACGUGACAUGGAGGAUCACAAUUACUUUGUGCCGCAUCGCAACGAUCUGAUUGAAAAUUAUCUACAUAAUCACGAGUUCGUGGAGGUCUGCAUGAAGAUCCUGUACCAGGUGGAGCUGCAGCGCACGACUCUGGAGCAGAUGUGGGGCUUCUCCGUGGAGGCGGAGCUGAUCGAGAAUGCGGAACGCCAGGACGAACUCUGCUGCUACGUGAGUCGCGUGGAGGACAAGAGUGUGGCCAUGCACAAUGGCAUUAUCAAAGGAGACGAAAUAAUGGUCAUCAAUGGCGCAAUUGUGUCCGAUCUAGAUAUGAUGUACUUGGAGAGCGUCCUGCAGGAGGAACAAUCGCUCAGCAUGAUGAUGCGGUCCUCGCGCACUGAGCCACCAGAUCUAGUGGGUAUCAUGAGGGUUACGGAUGAUAUGAUUGACUCGCUGGUUUGUCCGCCGCCGCCAACAGAUCCGCCGGUGAUGAGCGAGGAGAUGAUAACUGGACUGAUUGUUCCGGCACCCGGUUGGAAUGGCACUAGCAAGGAUUUGUACUCGCCGGAGGCGGAAAGCUCACCGGCCACCUCCUUUGUGGAUCCUGCCGCAAUGGCCGCCCAGUUGGCGGUGGGCGGCAUGGGCGGAAUGGGCGGCGUGGGAGGCGUGGUCGUAGGCGGACUGGGCGUGGCCAAGCCAACGUCGCGUACGAGCAGCUUUGAGAUUGAGAAUCUGCUAAAGACCGCGGAGCAAGUUACCGGAUUUUGUCGUUCACCCCAGGAAACACGGAAAUCGAGCCCAACCGGCUCGGUCACCUCAUCGGUGUCGACCACGGCAUUAACACCAUCACGCCAGCUGACCGAUGCGGAGAAGCUGCGCAAAGUCGUCAUGGAGCUGGUGGACACGGAACGCACCUAUGUGAAGCACCUGAACAAUCUGCUGGAGCACUAUCUGGAGCCCAUGAAACGCGAGACAUUCCUGUCCAAUGCCGAGAUCAACGCACUGUUCGGCAACAUACACGAGAUCGUCACAUUCCAGCGGCAGUUCCUGCAGAAUCUGGAGGAGUCCUUGGACCUGGAGCCGGAAUUCAACAAGUUCGAGCACUGCGGCCAGUUCAGAAAUGUGCUCUUUGCGAUUGGCUCGGCCUUCCUGUAUUACGUCAACCACUUCAAGCUGUACUCCUCGUUCUGUGCCAGUCACAGCAAGGCGCAGAAAGUCCUGCAUCCGAACGAGGGCAAUCACGCCCUGCAGGAGUUCCUCGCUGCCCGGAAUCCCAAGCAGCAGCACAGCAGCACCCUGGAAUCGUAUCUGAUCAAGCCCAUUCAGCGCAUCCUCAAGUAUCCUUUGCUCCUGCAGCAAAUGCGCAACCUCACCGACACCCGGGCCGAUGAGCAUGUGCAUCUUUGUGAGGCGCUCAAGGGCAUGGAAAAGGUUGCCGAGCACAUCAACGAGAUGCAGCGCAUCCACGAGGAGUACGGUGCCAUAUUCGAUCACCUGUUCCGGCAGCACCAGAAGUCCUGCAAACAGCCCAUUGACCUAAGUCCAGGAGAUCUGCUGUACUAUGGCGGAGUGGAGUGGCUCAACAUCUCGGACUUUCUGGGCAAGAUCAAGAAGGGACUGGAGCUACAUGCCAUGUGCUUUGUGUUCAAGUCGGCAGUGGUGUUCCUGUGCAAGGAGCGACUGCGUCAAAAGAAGAAGUUGAUGGGCGUUUCCAGCAAGAAUGCCACUAAUGAAGUGGAGAUCAUUCGCUACCAGGUGCUCAUACCCGUUACCGAGGUGCAAGUGCGCGCCAGUUCGGCCAAGGACAUGGACUCCCACUUCCUGUGGGAGCUCAUCCAUCUGCGUUCCCAGUUGCAACGGCGCUCCGAGAAGGUCUACGUGCUGUCCAACAGCACCGCCGACUUUCGGAAUGCCUUCCUGAAGACCAUACGCCAGAUCAUCCGCGAGAGCGUCCGGAACAUGUCAAUUCCGAUGAAGAACUUUGGCGGCAGCUCCGGCUCCGUCUCCGGCCACUCCUCGCAGGGCAUGGGCAGCAUGGGCUAUGCGGGCAACUCCCAGACGCUGGAGCGUCCCAAGCAGCAAAUCACCAUCGUUCAUGGCUCGCAUACACUGGGCAAACCGAAGAAGAAGUCCGGCUCGCAGCGCCACUCGGCUGGCAACAUUGAUUACGACAACUUGUCGGGCAGCCAGGAGGCCGACGACCUGCCACCCAGUGUGGGCGUGGUCCACUACGCCUCCGGCCACGCCCACGGCCAGCAGAUGCAGCCAACUGGAUUCCGAGGACGCAGCAAGACGGUGGGCGAUGUUACUGAAAUCACCUGCUCUUCCCCAGAACCCCAUCAGCAGCAGCAGCAGCAACAUCAGCAGCAACAUCAGCAGCAGCAACAACAACAGCAACAGCUGAUGCAGCAGCAGGGGCACGCCCAUGCCCACCCACAUCCCCAUCCGCAUCCACGGGAGCCACCGCCGCCUCCGAUCAGGCAGCCACAUCUGCACCACCACAGCUCGGACAUAGAACGGAUCGAUCCUGGAACGAAGUCGGAGGGCGAGGAGGACUCGCAGCAGGGCACAAUCAGGCCCAAGGCCACUCUGGGUCGAACGCCCAAUCACCUGACGCUGAGCACCACAUCGACACUCUCGGUGGGCAGCACCGGCAGCCAGGCGCGCCUCAUACAAUCGUCGCAUCCGCCGGCCAGUUACCAGCCGGUGCUGAUGAAGGACCUAGGUAAGCCCAGCCCGGAUGAAUCGGAGCUCGAGUCGGAGUCGGAGGUGCAUGCCGCCCAGGUGGCGGCCUCCUUUAACUUAAGUCUAGGUAGUAGUGGUAGCUUAUUCGUCUCCGAUGCCCGAGAUAAUCAGACCCAGUCCCGCACCCAAUCCCAAAUCCAUUCCCUGCAUCCCUCACCACGUCAGUCGCCGCGUCAAUCGCCGCGACAGUCGCCCAAGCAGGAUAUCGAGGUGAUUGAGAUCUUUGAGAGCGAGGCGGAACGACUGGCCGCCUCCCAGCAGGUGGCCGUCGUCCACCAGCAUCCGGCGGACCAGGCCAGGGAAUCCGGGCAUAAACAGCGACGUGACCGUGACCGAGACCGUAUUCCAACCGAGACGGACGCCUCCGCCCGGUUUAUGGACAAGCAUUUGAGUGACCUCGAGCAGGAGAACCUGGCCGAUGGCACCUGCGACAUUGUCGCCUACAUGGAGAGUCUGCGCGAGAAGGCCUUUGAUCCGCAGGAUCUGGCCGAAGAUGUUGGCGAUCAGCAGCAGAAUGACUCCAGCCUCUCGCCGGAGCCACAAACCAUUGUGGAGAAUACACAGCAAACCGUGGUGGUGGAUAUCGAGUCGCCAUCCCGGCCAGCCACUGAAUCCGAUAGUACUGGCAAUACCACCGGACCGUCGGAGAGAUCGGGCGAUGAAACGGAGGAGGAUGCCACCACCAGUUCGUUGGCCUCGCAUAUCGUGGUGAUUGACAAGAAGGUAGACAAGAUCUUCAAGGCCAAGUCACCGGAGCGUCCAGCUUCCACCAAAGUCAAAGGUGGCCGAAGGCAGAUAUAUAUAUCGCCAGAUCGCUGCAAGUCCCAGGGUAGUUCCCCUGUGAGGAUCAUAAAGAUUAAGUCACCUCGCACCAGUUUGAGUGACCAGGGCAAGCGAUUGAGUGUCUCCUCCUCCAGGGACAACUCACAGGAUCGCCUGUCGGGCGGCCGCAGGACACCGAGUCCUCGUCGCUCCUCCGAAGGCGGUGGCAUACUGAAGCACACCACAGGACCGGCUCCUGGUAUCCUGAAGCCACCAUCCAGUCCAGCCAAGUCCAAGAGUCCGGACAGGAGUUGCCUCAAAAAGGGCGGACCAUCGCACGUGUGCAGCGUGGAAACACUAUCGCCCAGGGUUUCGCCCAGAGGCAGCAUGGAUCACCUGUCCCCCGAUCGGGCAAUGACCAGCAGCUCCUGUCUGCGCCACUCGCCGCGCAGCAGCUUCGAUAGCCACGGUGAGUCGGAUCACAACUUGGAUGUGCCACAUGGCAGUCGCAAGCGAAGUAUGUCCGCCCACGGCAGCUUUGAGACGGGUACGCGGCCAAGGGCCCAGGAAACCUAUCAGUAUUAUCCGGUGUAUGACAACCAGACGUGCAGUGAUCACUAUGUGGCUGCCGCUCCAACUGGGCGCUAUGGCGGUGGCACGAGUAGCAGGAGCAGGCUGAGCAAAUCCCUGGAGCGCUCCACUUCCAGGGACAGCACCACCACCAGUAGCUCCUACGGCCACAGGGCGUAUGGCGUUUCGCCCGACCGUAACUACGUGGUCUUCAGUUCCGGGCCAUUGCGAUCGCAAUCCGCUGAGAAUACCUUCUCCUCGCAACCCAUCUACGAUCCCUUGCCACGUCAUCCACCACAGCCACUGCAUCAGCCGCCGAUGCACCACCAACAGCAGCAGCAACAGCAACAGCAGCAAUACAUGAGCUAUGCCCCAGAGAUGGGCGGAUACACGGGCUGUCAGCACGAUCCGCAGGGUGGCUACCAGCUGAGCUCCUCGGCACCGGAGUACACCACAUGCAUCGACUGUCUGUACCAGAAGAGACCCUCCUAGCAUAAGUCCCGCGUGCGGCAGAGUCGCACGCGGAAGAAGACGCCACGCGGAAUGGUGGUGGUCAGUGCGCAGCCGACGGCCACCGGGGGAAUAGGAUUCGUGCCCGAGAUGGGCUCCGCCGAGGCACCCGGCGGUUGUGUGGACUGUCACGACUACUUCGAGAUUCAUGUCUAAUGGAACACUCCGCCACGAAGGCAAUGCCACUCAAGGACCUCCACUAAAAAGACCUCCACUAUUUUGAAACCAAAGAUAACAGACGAACAACCCGAAAUGCCUCAACAAAACUAAUUUUAACCGAACUCAGCUCACAAAAAAUACGUAAACUCACAAUGCUAACUAUAAACGAAUGUAAUCAAAACCGAACACGAACUUCCAACACAAGGGAUUGAAAUCAUAAAAGACCUAGCCUACAAAAUAUACAAUCUACUUACUAGAAAACCACAUGCAUAAGUAAUACCAGAAAGGCACUCUUAAAAACUAGUUGAAAUAGCUCAAAACGUUACCAUGCCCCAAACAAAAUCCCCAAUUCCUCGUAUUCGUUGUGUAAGUGUUAGCCAUAAGUCACCGAAGCUGAGCGUAGCUAGCUCUUUUAGCGCAGCAGCAUAAAUACAUAUGUAGUUUGGUAGUUCAUACCGAAAACUAAUCAAAGGAUAAAACGGUGAGUAACUAAUCCCGGUUGGCGAAAGGUUGCACAAUGGGUAUGUUCCACCGUUUUGCAGUUAAUUAUUUAAGUUGCAGCCGAGUUGGGCGCGAACAUUUCGCCGUGAUUUACACACUCACCCGCAUUCGCUCACAUCCAUACACACACCCACACACUUACAACCACACCCACACACAUUAACGAAGAAAAUGGCGGAAGUUCCGCUCGCCUCGGGUGGCAAGUAGAAAUAUUACGUAUACGCCGCGUUGCACACACAAUACUCAAGUGCCGUAAUUACGAGGGCAAACAACAGAAAAGAGCAGUAGUAGUAAGAGCAGCAGCAGCAGAAGCAGCAAAAACAGAAGCAGCAACUAAAACUAAAGUUGAAAUUCAUACUCGCACUCAAGUAAACUAUGUACUAAGAGACAGGCAGACAAACAAAUGGCAAACUCAACUUGAAACACAUAUAGAUGGGAAAAUAAGACAGCCAAGAGCAGAUAUAAAAUGACAAAGACACCGAGCAGAGCUAAAAAGUUCGAAAAAAGUCGUCGCCAGCUAACUAACUAUUAGCUGUGGAGGAGGAAAAGUGGAAAAACGGAAAUAGGAGGAAAAUGCGGGGAAAGUGGAAACUGUGUCACUUCCGUAAAUGAAAUCAAAAAUUUUUAAUUACCCAACUGGCGACAUGGAUCUACUACUACUGAGCUGGGCUUUCGGAUGUUCGAAUGCCAACACAUUCCAGGGGUUAACAUAAAAUAUACCUAACAAGAGUUUACCUAUCGAUAUAUGGGGAUUAUUUACAUAAAGGACAAAAAGGACAACUAGCAAAAAACUAAAUCAAACAUUAGUUAGUUAGAAAAUUUUGCCAACUUGCACGUUUGUGCUAUUCGGGCAUCGGUGUGUGUGUGUGUACCAAUAAUGUUGUGACAAAUAAUUUGCAUAUAUGCAUAUGGUUUUUAUAUGAUUUUUAUAGGUUUUUUAUAGAUAUAAACAAAUAUACAUGCAUAUACAAGUCGACGGGCAAAUCAAAUGAAGCAUUUUCCGCAUGGGUUUUCCACCACCAUUUCCGUUUCACAUUCCAAUAUAAUCAGCAAAUUAAAACUAAAAAUACAAUAAAAUGGAAACAAAUCAAAAUGUGGAUGUAUUCAGAGAAUGAUAAUCGUAAGUCGUACCUCAAUGUUCAGUAAUGGGUAAUCAUAUUAUACAUAUACAUAUACGUACACUUAGGUAGCUCUGGAAAAAACGCGUAUAUAUUAUAUAUACAUAUAUAUAUCCUUCCCUUUCGAGGCGACGGGUCGGGAAUUCCCAUUCGAUUCUCCGAUCCAAGCCGCACUCAACUCUCGACUAAAUAUAUAGAAAACGGUUAAGAUCAAACAAAUUUCAGGUUGUUGUAACGAGAAUUCAAAGCAGUAUAGAGAAAAACACAAACGAUGAAGGAGCAGAGUCAGAAUAAAUAAGUUUAAGCUUCAAGAACAUUUACAGUUUACAGUUUACACUGGGCUUCAAAGCAGCAAAAUCAAAACAAGAAAUGAUAACAAAUAUUCUCAAAAAUCAAAAUAUACAUCGUAAAUACGGCAUAUAUAUAUACAUACAUAUACAGCAGCAUAUACAGCAUAAAUGUUCAACGAAACUAAAAAUUGGAGCUAUCGAAAUCCAAAAAAAUAUACGAAUAUAAAUGCAAACUAAAUAAAGAUAAGCGGAGGCUGCAAACAGCGAACAUUGAAGUGGAGCAGCAAAGCUAAAACAAACAUCAAAUUUAACCAAUAAUCCUUGUGUGUGCACAACCCACACACGGCCAAACACUGAAAUCCACUAAACAAAUAAUCGAAAAAUCAACACACUAAAUGCCAACUUCGAAAUGAAAUUCGUAAAAACUAAACUAAAGCGAGCCCUUUACGUACAUAACUAUUAAUGGGAAUUCCAAACUUAAUGCAACUAACUAAAACUAAACUAACUAAAGCAAUCGAAACGCAAUUAACGAACUGGCCCCAUGAGUUUAAAGUAAAUACAAUAAAUACAUAAAAUACAGCAAAUUAAAUAAAUGUAAAAGGACAGCGACAAGUAGAGGACACCCAUAUACUCGUAUGUAGUUUAUGCACCGAUUUCCUGGCCCAUCCAAAAAAGCAAAAAACCUCUCUCGAAUCGAAUCAAAUCGAAUCGAAAGACAUACCCUCGAUUAGUUAUGCAUUUAAAUUUGUUUAGUAGUUGCUUAGCAGGUAAGUGCGAUAUUAAUUUGUAAUUAGGCAAACGAACGAUGAGUACUUGAAUUGAAUUAGUAAUUAAACAAUUUAACGGGUGAUAUUUCAUUUUGUCUACACACAAUUAUCUCAAAGAUAACUAAAAUCCCUAAAAACACAUGAAAAAUUGACUCGAAUAAUGUUGAACUCAGUUAGAUAUACACUUAGACGUAACUCUUAAGUCGGAUAUGGAGAUGGAGUUGGAGUUAUCUUAGGCAUGUUAAGUUAAUAGGUAUUAUUACCCGCCCAUUCGAUGCAUUUGUGUGUAUCUCUUCAUAGCGUAUCUGUGUAUCUGUUGUGUCUGUUACAAACACUUGAUAUUAUUAGUUGGCAUCGCUUGAUUAACAAACAACUAACCAAAUUAACCGAAAUAACCGAAAUUCGAUUCAAAAGCAAUGAACUUUGCAAGUUUUCCCCUUCAAUUUGAACGUUUUGCAUUUUCUCUAUCAAUAUCACGACUAAAUGACAGAGUGUGCCGAUGAUCUAAAGCCAAAUCUUGUACUGCUGAAUGCCAUGCCAACCGAAAGAGAGCAAUGCUAAUGCCAAGUCCAUUAUAAUCGAUCUAUAUAUAUAUAUAUAUAUAUUUAUCUAACUAUAUAUGUCUUAUGGUUACACACACCAGAUCCACCAACUCAACUCGACUCAAUUCAACUCCUCACCACCCCCGAAACCAGAAUCCAGUAUUCAGAAUUUAUUCGGCAUUUUUUCACACAUUGAAACGCAAUUAUUUUCCAGAAAUUUAAUUUUCUGUUUUCCAUACAACUUUUUGUGUGCCAAAGCGAAAUAAAAUCAAAUUGAAAUUAAAUUUUAUGAAACUUUCAUCUAUGCACAACUUUUUCCAUCAUUUUUGAAUCACGCUCUUGACUUUUGCAUCUGGAAAACUAAUUUCCAAAUAAGCAAGUGGGUUAACUGAAAUGCGAAACUAUUUCAAUUUCACCACAAACUGUACCAUAAUUUUCCAAAUUAUAAACACCCCACUUUCCAUCCCAUAUAUAUAUGUACAUCAAUUUCUCUCAAUCAUUUUGCAAUAUUAAAUUGGAGCCCUUUAAUAAAGACACACACGAGAAACAGAAGAGGCAGAACGGAAAAUGUUGGCAUAAAAUGCAAAACUUUUGAUCGGAAAUUCGAAAAAUUGCCUAGACUUAACUUAAGCUCUUAACAAAAGCUAAACUAUCUGCAAACGAGAAAAUGAAAACAAGCGAUGUCAACAUUUUAGCCAACACAACUCUCUCUCUACUCAAAGUCGCCCAAUCGCAAAUAUUAGUUGUUGAACUAGCUGUUAAUCACUCCCACUUCCACUCCCACUACCCAGCCCAAAACUAUAUCAAGUAGAGAAAGAACCCGCUUGAAGUAGUGCUCAUUACAUUUAACAAUAAUUAGUUUUGCUUAUAUUUUUUAACCGAAAAAUUUAUACAUUUUACUUGCAUGCUUCUUAACUAAACGAAUCCGAAUUGGCCACAAAUUACUUAUUCAAAUCUGUUUAACACAAUUGUAUAUAACCAAAUGGAGGUGCUUCCCUCCGCCCACUUGCUCUUUCUAACUCUUUCGAUCUCUAAAUCUAUAUUUUCUAUCUGACAAAAAAAAAAUACAAAAAGAAAAAACCAAAACUACAAAUUAAGUUUUGCAAA